AUGAACUCCAGAAUCCAAGCCCUGGAGUCCGUGUUGGCAUCCCCAGCAAGCCGGGCUCUUCUAAACACAGACGGGCCAUCCACCUCUAUGGCUGCGGCACCACCAACGUGGUCUGCGUUCGCGCCGCAGAUCGAUGACGUCAUUCCAUCGAGCUUCGAUGACAUCACAGUCCCGCGGAGAUCUCUGGGAAGUGCAGUCCAAAUCUCCACCGGGGCGCAUGGAGGGCCAGGGAGGUCUGCCUGGUGUGGUCAUUUUGGGGUCUUUACUGAUGCGCUUCCCUUAGGCAAUGUUAUUAGAAAACACUCCAUAAACUUUCAUUGUUAUGCAGAUGAUACCCAAUUAUAUCUAUCGAUCAAGCCAGACGAAACAAACCAGUUAACUAAACUUCAAGCAUGCCUUAAGGACAUAAAAACCUGGAUGACCUGCAAUUUCCUGAUGUUAAACUCAGACAAAACUGAAGUUAUUGUACUUGGCCCUGAACGCCUCCGAAACAAAUUAUCUAAUGAUAUAGUUACUCUAGAUGGCAUUGCCCUGGCCUCCAGCACCACCGUAAGGAAUCUGGGAGUUAUCUUUGAUCAGGAUAUGCCCUUUAACUCCCACAUAAAACAAACCUCAAGGACUGCCUUCUUUCAUCUACGUAACAUUGCGAAGAUCAGGCACAUCCUGUCUCAAAAUGAUGCAGAAAAAUUAGUCCAUGCAUUUGUUACCUCUAGACUAGAUUACUGCAACUCCUUAUUAUCAGGCAGCUCCAAUAAGUCUCUUAAGACUCUCCAGUUGAUCCAGAAUGCUGCAGCACGUGUACUGACAAGAACUAGGAAAAGAGAUCAUAUUACUCCUGCAUUAGUUUCUCUGCACUGGCUCCCUGUAAAAUCCAGAAUAGAAUUUAAAAUCGUCCUCCUCACCUACAAAGUGCUAAACGGUAAGGCCCCAUCAUAUCUUAAAGAGCUCAUAGUACCCUAUUACCCCACUAGAGCUCUGCGCUCCCAGAAUGCAGGGUUACUUGAGGUUCCUAGAGUCUCCAAAAGUAGAAUGGGAGCCAGAGCCUUCAGUUAUCAAGUUCCUCUUCUGUGGAACCAGCUCCCAGUUUCAGUCCGGGAGGCAGACACCCUCUCUACAUUUAAGAGUAGGUUUAAGACUUUCCUCUUUGAUAACGCUUAUAGUUAG